AAGGCCAAACCGGAAUUUAUUUGUCUAAGAAUGAACAUUUUUAGCCAGAAAAGCAUCGAGCGUUCAAAAGCUGUUUAGGCGAUCUGAUAAGAUCACCUUGCUUCAGGAUUCAAUCAGUUCAAACUCCCCGAUAGCUACCAAAGCAGCACCGCAACGAUGAUCAACGCAGUGCUGGUCUUCAAUAACAACGGCCAACCGCGACUUACGAAGUUUUAUUCACAGAUAGUCUGUUUAAUCCGACCGCCUCCCGAGCUCCAAUGGCUAACACGAUCUUCUAGGACGUCUCACUUCAACAGCGGCUGCUAUCCCAGAUCUUCUCUCUGGUGUCUAACCGGCCCGCCAGUGCUUGUAAUUUCCUGCCGUAAGCUCCGCAAAGGCUCUGAGUUUGUCUUAUGAAUCUAACUAGCUCACAGUCUUCCUCCCCUUCUUGCUGGCUCCUCAUCCUCGACUUCAUGGAAUACGUCGACAACAGAUGAACCUACCACUCUCCUCUACCGACACUAUGCUACCCUAUACUUUAUCAUAAUAUCUGAUUCCCUGGAGUCGCCACUGGGCCUACUAGAUCUUAUCCAAGUCUUUGUACAAGCUCUUGAUCAACUUUUUGAGAAUGUCUGCGAACUGGACUUGAUCUUCAACUUCGAGACAUUGCAUGCCACGUUGGAGGAAAUGAUCACAGGUGGAUGCGUCGUGGAAACAGAUCUUGCGCGAAUCGUCAAAGCUGUAAGAGAUUCUGGUAAGGUCGCUAAGAGGCCCAAAGCUGGAGGGGGAGGUGGGGGUGGGGGCGGGAUAGGAGGCGCUACUUCUGGACUAGGCAGAGGCGGCUUCAUGAGCGGGGAUCUGGUAUGGAAGGGAAGAUGAGAGAGAGAUACCAGCGCAGUGUCCCGCUGCAAUACUAGCGAUUCUUGUUCAUUAAUUCAGUAAUGCGUCUUCGUUUUCACUAGAUUGGGACUCUGCGGAUUGGACUGGAGUUUGGGGGCUUGGAGGUUCGAUGGGUGUACCAUUUGUACCGGUUGCGAGGCCUGAUAUUUCAAUAGGGUCGACUAGAAGAAUAGGAAGCAGUACUCACCUAGCAGGGAAAGCGGUAAUGUUUAGUAGUCAUUUCUGGAAUCCCACUGCACAGCACUCGACGGUCAAUUGCAUCACGACCUCCGAUUCCAUCCAGGGGCAAUAUUUUAGACAGCCUCGGUGGUGCAGAGAACUUUAAAUGGGCUCCGCCGAUCGGGCAAUAGCCAUACUCCUUGACCGCUUACCAGUAAGUUGCCGCUCUCAUGUACGAUACCAGGAUCCAGAGGAGGUCGGCGAGAGCUUGCCGGCUGGGUUGUCCUAUGAAGUUUUGUCGGUAGAACCCAACCCUGCAGAGAAUAUCCAGGAGGAAAUCCCUCUCCCCACCUGAUUAUGUCUCAAUUUCUCCCAUCACACAAUCCAUCUCUACCGUACGAGGGAAGCCGAAGGGCAGAUCAAUAAGGUACGGCACCGGUACUCGUACAACCGCAUUGCACGGCGGUUGCAAUUGGAUCUGGUGCGCAGGGAAGCGGGCAGCAACUGAUUCCUCACAGGAGGCACAAGCAUCCGGUACGAGGUACAAGUAACCCCAGGGCAGGGAUCGAAAACUUGUACGGUACAGUACGUGCCGACCACAGCAUGGCGAACUAUCCGUCCCCCCAUAGGAUCGCCUACCGUACCGCAAGCAAAUUAAGUUCAGACCCGAAUGCCCUCCGCUCCCAACGCUUCAUUGUCG